AUGGGGGAAGCCCGGUUCCUGCUCUUGGUGCUUCUGCCCUGGCUGUGGGUGGCUCCAGGGGAGGCCCAGGGGUCCAGGACCGAGGUCCCUGUGGUGUGGGCCCAGGAAGGGGCUGCCGCCCAGCUCCCCUGCAGCCUCACAACCCCCCUCCAGGACCUCAGCCUUCGCAUAGGAGGGGUUACUUGGCAGCAUCAACCAGAUAGCCCGCCCGCAGCCCCGUACACGGUGCUGAGGCUGGGGCGCGGGGGCCUGCGCAGCGGGCGGCCGCCCCUGCAGCCCCGCGUGCAGCUGGAGGAGCGGCGCCUGCAGCGCGGGGACUUCUCGCUCUGGCUGCGCCCGGCCCAGCGCGCGGACGCGGGCCUGUAUCACGCCACGGUGCACCUCCGGGACCUGGACCGGGACCGGGACCGGGACCGCCCCGUCACCUGCCGCCUCCGUCUGCGCCUGGGCCAGGCCUCCAUGACUGCCAGUCCCGCAGGGCCUCUCCGGACCUCCGAUUGGGUCGUCCUGAACUGCUCCUUCAGCCGCCCCGAAUUCCCGGCCUCUGUGCAGUGGUUCCGGGGCCCAGGCAGAGCCCCUGUUCAGAAGUCUCCCCAUCACCACUUAGAGGGGAGCUUCCUCUUCCUGCCCAGAGUCAGCCGGGCAGACUCCGGGCUCUGGGGCUGCAUCCUCACCUACAGCGACGGCUUCAGGGUCUCCAGCACAUACGACCUCACUGUUCUGGAUCCGGAGCCUCCAGGCCCUCUGACAGUGUACGCAGGAGCGGGUUCCCGGGUGGAGCUGCCCUGCCCCCUGCCCCCUGGCGUAGGCACCCCGUCUUCCCUCACGGCCAAGUGGGCCCCUCCUGGGGGAGGCCCUGACCUGCUGGUGGCUGGAGACAAUGGCAACUUGACCCUUCGCCUGGAGGCCGUGAGCCCGGCCCAGGCCGGGACCUAUACCUGCCGCAUCCAUCUGCCCGGGCAGCAGCUCAUCACCAAGGUCACUCUGGCAGUCAUCACAGUGACUCCCAAAUCCUCCAGGGCACCUGGCGACCGGAGAAAGCUUCUUUGCGAGGUGACGCCAGCGUCGGGACAGGAGCGCUUUGUGUGGAGCCCCCAGGACAAGUCUUCCGGGGGUUCCCCGGGACCCUGGCUGGAGGUGCAGGAAGCCAGCCUCCUUUCCCAGCCCUGGCAGUGCCAUGUGUACCAGGGGGAGAGGCUUCUCGGAACGGCUGUCUACGUCACGGAGCUGCCCGGCUCAGGCGCCCAGCGCUCCGACAGAGCCCCAGGAGCCCUGAAAACAGGCCACCUCUCUCUCCUUAUCGCCCUCGGCGUCCUCCUCCUGCUCCUCUUGGUGACUGGAGCCUUUGGCUUCCACCUUUGGAGAAAACCGUGGCGUCCAAGAAGAUUCUCUGCUUUAGAGCAUGGGAUUCAUCCACCUCAGGCUCAGAGCAAGACAGAGGAUCUGGAGCAAGAACCAGAGCCGGAGCUGGAGCCAGAGCUGGAGCCAGAGCCACAACCACAGCCACAGCCACAGCCGCAGCCACAGCCAUAG